CUUCACUAAAAUUAAGGUCUGAAGUAAGCUAUCUAUAGACACAUAUACAACUGCAUAUACAACUGCCAAAGCUAUUCUUCGUCUCAUCCUUCCCUGUCUCUGUUUCUGUUUCUCUUCCUCCUUUGACUCGCAAUCUUCUCGUCCAUAGCCUCUGAUAGCCUCUGAUCCCUUUCCCCUAUAGAAGAGGGUCGAGAGCGAAAAUGCCCGCAACGGAAUACCAGGGUUCUUCCGUUCACUUAGCAUUUUUAAGCCGCCCGAUCCUCAGUAUCCGCAGAAACCAAAUCAUUUCCAUGGAAGGAAACUCUGACCAAGAUGAUUCUGAACUCUUCCAGAAACAUGUCUCUGAACGCUUCCUCGAUCUCUCCUCUUCCCCCACCUCUACCACUACCACUACCACUACCACCUCCUCCGACGCUGCUGCCGCCACCUCCACCACCACCAACGAUGCCGACAACUUCCUUUCCAUCGCUUGGCUCCGGAAGCUUCUCGAUGUCUUCCUCUGUUGUGAAGCAGAGUUCAAGGCUGUUAUCUUCCUCGGUCGCGAUGCUUCCCAAAUCAGCAAACCUCCCCUCGAUCGCCUUACCCCUGAAUUGCUCGAUCGGACGGUCAAAGCCCUCGACAUUUGCAACGCUAUCACCCACGGCAUCGAGAUGAUCCGCAAUUGGCAGAAGCUGGCCGAGAUCGCACUCUUGGCACUCAAGCAGAGUCCUCUAGGAGAAGGCCAGGUUCGGCGCGCCAAGAAGGCUUUGAAUUCAUUGCUCUCCUCCAUGACUAUCGACGACAAGGACGCUGUCAGCAGCAGGACGGCGGAUCGGGCAUGGUCUUUUGGCCGGAGAGGAUCAGGUGCCGCUGCAGCAGCCGCUGCCGCAGUCGCUGCCGCCAAGGAGCGCACUGUCGGACCUCCCAGGCUGUUCACUUCGUGGAGCGUUCCGAAGAACUGGUCAGCUUCCAAACAAAUCCAGGCGAUGUGCUCCAAUCUAAUGAUGCCACGUGGGACGGACCCCACGGGAAUGGCCAUGCCGGUCUUCAUCAUGAGCACCGUUCUGGUGUUCGUAACGUGGACCUUGGUGGCGACGAUUCCGUGUCAGGAUCGGUCCGGACUCCUGAGUCACUUCGCGCUGCCUAGGCAGCUGAGCUGGGCGGGACCCAUAAUUGGUUUGCAGGAAAGGAUCGCAGAGGAAUGGAAGAAGAAGGAGAAGAAGAAAUCCACUGGGUUACUGGAUGAGAUGCAGAGGUUGGAGAAGUGCGGCCAAUCGUUGAUAGAGUUCGCAGACUCAAUUCAGUUCCCGGCGGAAGAGGAGAAAUUGGAGGAGAUAAGUGUGCAGGUGACUGAGUUGGCGGAGAUGUGUAGGAAGAUGGAGGAAGGAUUACUUCCAUUACAGAGGCAACUCAGAGAAAUGUUUCACCGGAUCGUGAGGAGCAGGACAGAGAUCCUUGAUGUCUUGGAACAAAACGAAAAAUAUUACUCACCGGUUUUGUAACCAAAAGGGUAAAAACAGAAAAUUCUUCAAUCGAAAUUUUAAUUCAAUAUUUUUUUCUUUUUUGAUGUAUAAUCUUCCUGUUCGUAAUGCCAAUAUAGUUUAAUUGCUGAAGAAAAAACUAGAAAACAAAAU